GGUAGAAUUACGUAUGAGACAGAGAAGUAAUCAAAAAUAAAUAUUUUGUAAUAUUCCCCGUGACGUGAUUUAUUGAUGCUGAGGUACGGUAUAUAAAGAAACUGUUACGAAAGUGUCUUCCUAUUGUAUCAUUACCAUUUAUCGUUCGAUAACACCUGGAAUAUGCAGAUUACAACGUCAAGUUUACUGGCUCUGUUUUUAACAAGUGUGCCCCUUGUUAUCUGCCAGAAUGCGCAGGACGUUAUCAAAUCCGUAGUAUCAGAUGUAAACACAAACGACCUUCAUCGGCUUAUCAACUUUCUCGGACGUGAAAGACGAGUGAAACCUGCACGACCAAUUGCCAUUGAUACUACAAUGUUGGAUAAAACAGAACAUGACCUUACCCAGGAUAUUGUCAAGUCUCACGCUGGGAAGUCGGACAUAGGUUCACUACACCAUACAGACCAUGUAAUUCAGACAAGGCCGAACUCAAUGACAUUGGGUCCUGAGCCCGAAUCCAUUCCAUCAAACCCAACCUUCUCAAGAGUGAUCGGAAGUGCUAACCAAAUUUUUGCCUCUCAAACCUUACCAAGAACAGGAAUUGCAAAACAGGAACAAACGUUACGCAAUCCCAAAGAUAUUUCUGACGAACCGAUGCAUGUCGUUGGAAAGUCGUCUAUGACAUCAGUCCGUACCGUUGGGCCAAAGAGACCUAUAAAACCACUGACUGAAAAACUCGCCAAUACAGCUGUGUACCAGACUAGACAUAUGCUACCGUUUCCUAACAGCGGGUCUCAACAAAGCCGACAUUUUCCACCACAACAUUCAUUCAGAACGUUACCUUUUUGGAACAGACUUCGACUUAGACGUGUCUUCGUGAGAGGCAUUAAGCGAGUACCAUGUAAACUUACAUAUUUCAACGUCAGAUGUUUUUACGAUAUUCCAGUUAUCCGAGUUUUCCUCGUGCCGUUAUGAUAUCCCCAAAGACGAUAUUGGAAUUAUGAAUAAAACUGUGAAUACAU